AAGCUUAACAUCUCUAUGCAAGACACAAAACUAUCAACUGGAUUUCUAGGAAUCAUUGACUCAUUGCUAUUGAUGGAGAAAGGCACUGCAGCCAUAAUUGGUCCACAAUACUCAGUAAUGGCACAUGUAAUCUCACACAUUGCAAAUGAGAUGCAAGUUCCUCUCUUAUCAUUUGCAGCAACAGAUCCUACACUCACUUCUCUUCAAUUUCCAUAUUUUGUUAGAACAACACAGAGUGAUCUUUAUCAAAUGUCUGCAGUAGCAGAUGUUAUUGAUCAAUUCCAAUGGAGAGAUGUGAUUGCAAUCUUCAUUGAUGAUGAUCAUGGAAGAAAUGGGGUUGCUGCAUUAGGUGAUAAGCUUGCCGAAAAACGUUGCAAGAUAUCACACAAAGCAGCCCUUAAGCCUGAUGAUAGCAAUGUCAACAAGGAAGAAAUCAAUAGUGCAUUAGUUAAAAUUGCUUUAAUGGAGUCUAGGGUUAUAGUUCUUCACAUUUACCCUUCUUUUGGCCUUGAAGUUCUUCAUAUUGCACAAUCAUUAGGCAUGAUGGGAAGUGGUUAUGUGUGGAUAGUCACUGAUUGGCUCACAACUGCUCUUGAUUCUGAUCCAUCAUUGGCCACAACUUCAAUCAUGAAUGAUAUGCAAGGUGUUAUCACCUUGAGAAUGUACACACCAGAUUCAAGAAUCAAGAGCAAUUUUGAGUCUAGGUGGCCCAAACUAGCUCAUCAAAAUAAUGAUGAGGGUCCUUUUGGAUUGAACAUCUUUGGUUUAUAUGCUUAUGACACUGUUUGGACCUUAGCUUAUGCACUUGAUGCAUUCUUUAGAAGUGGUGGAACUUUGAAAUUUUCAAAUGAUUCAAGUCUAAACACUUUAAGGGGUGAUGGUGAUACCCUUCAUCUUGAUACAAUGGGAAUAAUGUUUCUAAAUGGUAGCAUGUUGCUUCAGAAGAUUCUAGAAGUUAAUCGAACGGGUUUAACAGGUCAAAUGAUGUUUUCUCAAGGUGGAAACCUAAUGAAUCCAUCAUAUGAGAUCAUUAAUGUGAUUGGAACUGGGGUUAGGAGGAUUGGAUUUUGGUCUAAUGCUUCUGGCCUUCACACUGGUGAACAAGUUCCAAACCAUGCAAAUUCAAGUGAAGGGCUUUAUGGUGUGAUAUGGCCUGGCCAAACAACACAAACACCUAGAGGUUGGGUUUUUGCCAACAAUGGAAAACAACUGAGAAUUGGGGUGCCACUUAGGGUUAGCUACCAUGAAUUUGUGUCAAGAACUAAAGGCACUGACAAGUUUAGUGGUUAUUGCAUUGAUGUGUUCACAGCUGCAUUGGAAUUGUUGCCUUAUCCAGUCCCAAAUAAGUUUAUUCCAUUUGGUGAUGGUAAAACCAAUCCAUUGAAUUCACUACUUCUUCAGAGGGUCACACUUGGUGAGUUUGAUGCUGUGGUGGGGGACAUUACCAUUACCACAAACAGAACUAAAAUUGUGGAUUUCACACAACCAUAUAUUGAAUCCGGUUUAGUUGUUGUGGCACCAAUAAGGAAGAUGAAAUCUAAUGCUUGGGCCUUUCUAAGACCAUUUACUCCAAUGAUGUGGCUUGUCACAGGAAUGUUUUUCUUAGCUGUUGGGGCUGUUGUUUGGAUUUUAGAACGUCGCUUGAAUGAUGAUUUUAGAGGCACUCCUAGGAGACAAUUUGUCACCAUUAUAUGGUUUAGCUUCUCAACCUUGUUCUUUGCACAUAGAGAGAAAACUGUUAGCACUCUUGGCCGAUUAGUCUUAAUCAUAUGGCUCUUUGUGGUUUUAAUACUGAAUUCAAGCUACAUUGCAAGCCUAACAUCAAUCCUCACAGUAGAACAACUCUCUUCCCCAAUUAAGGGGAUUGAAAGCUUAGCAACAAGCAAUGAACGAAUUGGUUACUUGAGAGGAUCAUUUACCGAGAAUUAUCUAACAGAUGAACUCAACAUACAUAGGUCAAGGCUUGUUCCUCUCAAUAACCCUUCAGAAUAUGAGAAGGCGUUGAAGGAUGGAGCUGCUAAUGGUGGUGUUGCUGCAAUCAUAGAUGAACGUGCAUACAUGGAGUUGUUCCUAGCAACUAGGUGUGAAUUUGGGAUUGUUGGUCAAGAGUUUACCAAGAUGGGAUGGGGCUUUGCCUUUCCAAGAGACUCUCCCUUAGCAAUUGACAUGUCAACAGCUAUUCUAAAACUAUCAGAGAAUGGUGAUCUUCAAAGGAUUCAUGACAAAUGGCUAACAAAAAGUGCUUGUAGCUCAGAAGGUGCAAAACAAGGCAUUGAUAGGCUUGAGACUAAGAGCUUUUGGGGCCUCUUCCUUCUUAUUGGCAUUGCAUGCUUCAUUGCUCUCCUUUGCCAUGUUAUUAGAAUGACCUACCGUUUUAAUAGGCAUUAUUCAAACAACACUAUUAGUAAUGACAACCUUGGAGGCUCAUCAUCAUCUUCUUCUUCUUGUUCUUCUCGUAUCAAAUCUUUCUUUUCAUUUGUCAAUGGAAGAGAAGAGGAAAAAGAGAUGGAAGAUAAAAAUGGGAAAAAGAGAAGGCGCAAAGAUAAUAGAGUGGCUCAUGAAGUAGAGGUUUCACCAUUGCAUGAAUCAAACAUGGAAGCUGAAUUAAACAUGAUAAAAAAUGAAACAGAAGAUUAUGUAAAUAGAUGUUCAGCUGAAGCAAAGCAAAUGUUGGAGGAUGUCCACGUAGCAAGUCAUGACCUGGACAUUAUGGAAAGAGAGGCAGCUGAGGUUCUAAAGGCUACCCAAUUGAAUUUGCAGGAAGCAGUUAAGCAAAGUAAAGAAAAAGUACAAAUGCGUUAG